AUGGUACAAGAAAUCCGGGUUUCUUUGCCAUUUGAACCGAUGAACACGCAACAAUUUCAAGCGUACUGGCAUUCGAUCCUUAAAAAGCCAAUUCUUCAAGAAGCUUCUUAUCUCGAUAUUGUUCUUCUAGAACAAUUGCCAUCGAUUUUGAAAGAUUUCCCAACAAAUGCUAAACAUUUUGAGCUAAAUUCUGGUUGCCAAGGAUGCUCAAAAACAGACCCACCGGGCUACGCCAGUUUCGACAAAGAUCACGUCAAAGCCUACUUUCCGAGUUGGUACUUUGAUAAAGAAGCCGGUGCUUCACAACUAGCUUUCUUCUGC